AUGGCUCGGAUGGUCUCUGAUAUGAAGACUUUUACAAGGGAAUGUGAUAAAGUUUUGGAUAUGUUUGAAAAAAGAGGUUAUCCAUCAGGAUUUUUGGUAGAAUUAAAGGAUGAGGUUGUGAGAAAAAGACGGAACAGUGUAUUUUUACCACUUUUAGGCACUGGCGGUUCCGCCACCAUGGUUAGUAAUAUAAUAGAGAGGGAUAAUAGUAUGAGUUGCAUUCUUACCUACAGCCUGGAUAGUAUUAAUUCUACAUUGGCAAUGGAGACAUGCAAUAAAAACCACAGUCAAAUCACAGAGUUUAUUCUAGCAGGAUUUCCAUAUUUCCAUGGUUAUCAACCAGCUUUAUUCAUCAUUUUUCUGAUCAUCUAUAUUAUAAUACUAACAGGAAAUACUUUAAUUCUGAUUGCAGUUGUGACAGAUCGGAAGUUGUACAAGCCCAUGUACUUCUUUCUUUGCAACCUUGCUGUCUUAGACAUAAUAUUUACCACUACAACCAUCCCUAAAAUGCUGGCAUUGUUCCUGAUUAAUGCUAACACUAUUUCAUUUGUUGAAUGUUUUGCACAAAUGUGCAUCUCGCAUACCAUGGGAGAGUUUGAAUGUUUACUUCUUAUGAUAAUGGCAUAUGAUCGUUAUACAGCAGUGUAUAACCCUCUGCAUUACAUGUCUAUUAUGAAUAAAACAUUUAACAUACUAAUGACUGCACUGAGUUUUGCAGUGGCUUGCACAGUAGCUGUGUCAAUUACUAUUUUUACUGCUCAAUUUCCCUUCAGGGGUACAAAUAAAAUUAAUCACUGCUUUUGUGAUCAUUUUUUUAUUGCCAGAUUAUCCUGUGCAGAUAUCACGCCUCUUAACAUCUGGUCAAUGUCAAUUAUUAUUGUAGUAGUAUUCAUGCCAUUUUGCCUUGUAGUAUAUUCAUAUAUCAAUAUAUUCAAAACUGUACUAAAAAUGAAUUCUGUAGCUGGGCGUCAGAAGACAUUUUCAACUUGUAGUUCUCAUUUAACAGUUGUGAUAAUAUAUUAUGUGUCAAUUGUUAUUAGUUCUUCCUCUUACAGAUCUGAUGUGUCUGAUGAAUUCCAUGCUCUUGGUUCUAUUUUCUUCUCUGUUUUUGCUCCUACCCUUAAUCCAAUUAUUUACACACUGAGAAACAAAGAUGUUCAGGAGGCUGUUAAAAAUUUUAUAAAAGCAAGAAUAAUUGUUCAUAACAUCUGA